AUGGGCUUGGAGAGGGAAAAUUUCUAUCACUCAGGACCCUUGCAUCUGACAACAGUUGACUGGACAAAUGCCAGUCACCGAAGGUCCGUUUCAGCUAGUUUAGUUCAGAGUGUUUACAUUUUAGAGCGGGAUCGACAGGAGAAGCGUGAAGGAACUGAAGCCCUUGCCCCUCCUUGGUGGAAGUUCUUCAAUUUUCAGCUAUACAGACAACUUAUUGAUGAUGCCGAUUCUUCCAUCUUUGGUGCUAUCUAUCAACUCAGUUGCACUGCAUCAAGCAAUUGCCCUUCAGCACAACAAGCCCCUCGGUACGUCAUCGUUUUUCGAGGCACUAUUACCAAAGGGGGUGCAUUUUCACGAGACCUCGAAAUGGACAUUCACGUUAUUCAAAAUGGUCUUCACGGGACAUCUCGCUUUGAGAUAGCCAUACAAGCUGUCCGACAUGUGGUGGCCACCUUUGGAAAUUGUGGUGUUUGGUUAGCUGGCCAUUCACUAGGGUCGGCCAUGGCAAUGCUUGCUGGGAAGAAUAUGGCGAAGAGUGGCGUCUUUCUUGAAGCAUUUUUGUUUAACCCUCCAUUCUUUUCGGCCCCAAUCGAGGGUAUCAAAAAUAAAAAGGUGAAACACGGGAUUAGAAUUGCGGGCAGUGUGAUUACUGCUGGACUUGCUUUUGCUAUGAAACAUAAGAACACGAACAAUCGGUCGGCAGAUUCAUUUGUUUCCUUGUCGAGUUGGUUGCCAUGUCUGUUUGUCAACCCGGCUGAUCACAUUUGCUCAGAGUACAUAGGGUACUUUGAACACCGGAAAAAGAUGGAGGAAAUUGGGAUAGGAGGUAUCGAAAGGUUGGCAACCCAACACUCUAUUGGGGGUCUUUUAUUGAAUGCAAUGGGUAAAAAGGAGUCGGACGAGCCACUGCACCUUAUUCCCUCAGCAAAUCUGACGGUUAAUCGCACUCCGUCACAGGACUUCAAAGAUGCUCACGGUAUUCACCAGUGGUGGCGACCUGAUCUGAAUCUUGAGUCAAAAGUUCAUUAUUACAAGUGA